AAUUCUAGCGCACAUCAUUUUGGCGCCACUUCGUUGUGUAAAUUAAGGCCCUAUAUACUGUGUAACAAGGCCAUAUAACCUGUGUAAAUGCAAGGCUGUAAAUGAUAGUGGUAGUGUUUUUAUAUACCUUGAUAGUGGUAAUGAUAAAGUUGUUAGGUUGACAUGUUAGUUAUGUUAAAUUACACUUAAUAUCGUUUCUACUGCCUAUAAGUGGCCUUGCUUUAUAUGCACUGUGCAUAUAAAGCCUUGCUGUAUAUGCACAAAGUAACUACAAAAAGCAAGGCUGUGUUUUUGGUGUUUUUAAUUGGAGUCUUGGUGAAAUCCCCCUUUUGCACCCUAAGCUCUAAAUUGAAUAAAAACCACACCAUAUUGUCACUAAGUACAAACCACAUAUCAAUGUAGAAAAUUGGGUAGUACCUAAUUAAGCAGGUGUUGCACUUGUUUUUGCAACCUGUCCUGAACCAAGGAGGGGUGCUAUACCCAGAAAUUGAGAUGCUCAUUUUUGUGACCACCACCCACUGAUUUAACAUUUUGGAGGUGUCACUGGCAAGGAGUAAAGGCACUGUCCAGCAAGAGCACACUGUGAGUCUGUCACCUUCCUUUGUGUGCCGUCAUGGAUCCUGCUGAACGUGCCCGGCUUGUCCAAGAGGCAAUGCUGGAGUACGAGAUUCGUCAGAGCAUAGCCAUCUGUGGCCUGAGUGACAACCCAGCAGUCGAUUUGUCCUCGUCGAGGCUCAGCAAGAGGCUGGCCAUUCUGCAAGGGAAGCCAUUGGCACAGCGGUCACCGGAAGUAUGCAUCGCACCGAAGCCGCCAGGGGCUUCGCCCCCGGAGCCGCGGGUUGACUCGCUCCCGGAGCCGCGGGUUGAAUCGCCCCUGAAGCUGCUGGUGGAUUCGCCUCCGAUCCAUCCGCCGGCGGAUCCGCGCGGCGGCCGGUCUCGGGUCGGACGACCGCGCAAGUACCGGCGCCCGUUCCCUCCCCGGAGGCAGCGCGAAGCCACUCCCGAUCAGCCGGCCGACCUGCCGAGCGCCGAACGACAGGAGGUCCCUCGCAGCCGUGGUCGCGUUGGCCGGCCCCGCAAACGGCGCCCGCCCCCUCCCCCUCGCAGGGAGCGACGCGAGGCUUCUGUCGAUCCACCGAGCGACCCGCCGGCCGACCCGCUGGCCGACCCGCCGAGCGACCCGCCGGGCGCCGUCGGCCGAGGCGUGCCGCGCGGUCGUGGUCGACCCCGCGGUCGGCCGCGCAAGCGCUUCGGACCAGAAUGGGGGUUUAUGAUGCGCAGAGCGGCCGACGCGGACGCGACUAACCGAAACAGGGACGAUGACAGUGCCGGAGGCGGCCGCAGCAGCCCCGACGGAGCUGUCGGCCGACCUGACCCGACCGACCCGCCGAGCGCCCUGGGUCGUGGUGUGCCGCGCGGCCGUGGUCGACCUGUCGGUCGGCCGCGCAAGCGUCGCUUUGAUGAACAGUUGGCGAUGGCGCGCAAAGCGAUCGCGGCUAACCGUAGCAGAAACGAUGAUGGUGACGGAGGCAACCACAGCAGCCCUGACGUAGCGGCGCCGGGUCGCCAGCGCCAGGCCAGAUCGGCGGCGAAGAGGUGUCUCAAACGUCUGCAUCGCGGCGCGCAGAAGGCUUUCAGGGACACGCAAGAUAGUGCCGAUGAGAGCGUCAGCGGAGGCAUGAACGUGAACGCUGCGCGGGAUGCUAAGCGCCUGAAAUUAGAUGACCCGGACAGACAUUCAGAACAAUCAGAGUCAGACAGUGCCGGGGCAGAUGAGGUGACUCUGAGUGAACCGGAGGACGACUCGAUGGUGACGGUGUUUCCGUGUGUGCAGGUGGUGCAUGGGGACCCGGAGACCAGCUCGCAGGCCGACACUGUGACGCUGAACGGUCCGGAGGGCGGUUCGGACACCGGGUCUCCUGUACGGGACCCCAGCUCUGUGCGGGUGUCCAGCGGUUCCAACUGUGAGCUGCGCCCCUCGCCGCCGGCGCAGUCCGCUCCGCCGACUCGCCGCAUAGUGGUGUACCGGUCCGGGACGCAUCUGGCUGCUCGUGAGCAGAAGCCUCUACCUCAACUGGCCCCUCGACCGGUGUCCCGUUAUAUGCCAGCGCCCGGCUCUGUGCCUGUCAGUCAGCUCCAGCCAGGUGCUCGCACGGUCGUGGUGCGUUACCGCGGCGGUGCGACGGCAUCGGAUAUUGGCGCCCCCAGGCGAGUGGUUGUAAAGCGAUUUACUCCCCGGAGCCAAGUUGUAUACACGCAGGGGGUUAACACCGUCCAGAAGACGCCACAGCUGGUAGUAGGCCUCGCUAACGGACAGCUUCCCUCGGCGCCAGAGCCGUCGGACGGCGGCAGCGCUGAUGAGCGUCGGGCGAACCUCUCCUCUGGCGUGGAGCUAGAUGACCAGCAACGAAAGGCGCUCUCCGCCGAGGUGAAAAAGUUGCGACUCAAGCUCUCCGAAGAGGAGAAGGCGCUGCACCACGUGCGCGAGAGUCUAAACACGCAGGCAGCCGCCGCCUCCAACCCCCAUCCGGACGUGGACGCGCGCUAUCCGAUGCCGCCGUCGCCUCCGCCGCUGCCUGAUGUGGAUGACCCCGCGCUGUUCUCAGAGGGGACGAGUCCGGCCGCGCUGCGCCAGCUCCAGCGCCGCCACUGGGAGCUGUACCGGGUGGCGCUGCAGUCGGCGCUGGAGCUGCGGCGCGCUCAACGCAGCGCCGGCCUGGCCCGGCUGGACGCGUACGCCGAGCGGCGCCGGCUGCGACGGCUCUUCACCCCGGCUCAGUGGGACAUGGUGCGCCACAACCGCGAGCCCGACCAGUGGUCGGAGCACGACCUCGGCCGCGCCGCUCUGCUGAGGAAAUUCUGCGGGGACAAAGGCUACCACUUCCUGCAGUUCGCCUGGGACAUGCCUCUGCCCUCCCUGAGCUCACUCCCACCGCAGUCGGGCGAAACGGGGGUGGAACAGCCGUCACCGAGAGACGUCAAACCGCUGCUGGAAAUGAGUCCGCUAAUGCUAUCGGAAGAUGAAAUGGAGACGUCGCCGCAGCCACCCGACGACCUCAGACCUGAGCUGGAUGCGGGCACGAUGUUGGAAGUUGAGCUGGAUCCCGAGCCACCGUCACCAGAGGACGUAAAGCCGACGCCCGAUGUGGGACCCGAUCUGCAGAUGUCGCCACGGUCGUCGGGAGCUAGCUCGCAGGGCGAUCCGCUGUCGUUUUCGGGGAGGGAGCGGCAGGUGACGCCACCUCCGCCCAUCGGCGUGAAGCUUGGGCUACCGAGGCUGGUCCUGACGCCUGUUGAUACACGUAGGUCGCCUCGCAUCAGGGUAAAACGUGAGGUGGAGGAGGAGAUUUUGUGAGGUCUCCCGUUGCAGUCAUGUAGUAUUAGGUGAAGCGAGUCCAUUCUCUAAUCGUUCAAGCAUCAUUAUUCAUUAUCAUCAGAGCAUUGGUCAGUUCAUCAGUGCGUUGUGGUUGAGGCGGGGUGCGGGAUUGAUUUUACAUUGCAUCAGUAAUGCCGCUAUCAGAAGCGGGAAGUUGAGAAUUUCGAUCUCGUCGUGCCAGGCAUGAAUGUCUAAAUUGAACGUGUCUUUUUGUUACAAUAUAUUUGCCAUGUUCUG